AAUCGUUUCUUUAGUCGGACGCGCCUUUCUUUUUGUCCCCCCCUCUUUCUCGCCAGGCUAGGGUUUCUCGCUUUCAUGUUUCAAUCUCUCGACUCACUAUCGUCUCUCUGUCCGAGCUUGCAAUCCCAAUUCACAGCCUGUGUCUAAUUUCCUUCUUCAUUUUUGAGAUUUCUGCUUUGCAAUUGGGGCUAGGGUAUUAUUCAGUAAAAUGGGGAGCAAAGUUGCGGAAGGACUGUUGUCGACUGUUCGAUCAAUCGUUGGUCCAGAUUACUCCGAUAUGGACAUAAUUCGUGCUCUUCACAUGGCGAACAAUGACGCCACCGCUGCGAUCAACAUAAUUUUCGACACCCCACAUUUUGGGACCAAAGGAACACAAGAUAUUCGGAAGAGCCCUGAAAUUGUUCGUCGUGAUUUGAGUUCCAAGAGUAGUGCUGUUUCGAGUCAAAAACUAUCUGGUAGCGAGAGCAAGAAUCGUUCUCUGGGUUCUGAUUCGAACGGUAGUUCAGAUUUUGGAAUUUCAGCUGCUGAUGCAGUUGAUAGCGUAGAGGAUUUGGGUCGGCACUCUGGUUUGACGGGAAGUGAGUGGUGGCUCGUGGGAUGUAGUGAACUUGCUGGGUUGUCGACUUGUAAAGGGAGGAAAGUUAAGUCCGGUGACAAAGUGGUUUUCACAUUUCCGCAUAAGAAUGUGGUUCAUUCCCCCUCAUCAGGCAAGGUUCUUGGUCGAGGGCGCCACCUGGCUGCCUGUUCGGAAAUUGUGAGGUUCUCUACAGAAGAUAGCGGAGAGAUUGGUCGCAUACCCAAUGAAUGGGCUCGAUGUCUUUUGCCACUAGUGAGGGAUAAAAAAAUUAGGACAGAGGGUUUUUGUAAAUCUGCUCCUCAAGUGUUGUGCAUUAUGGACACCAUUCUUUUGUCUGUCAGUGUGUACAUUAACAGUUCCAUGUUCCGCAAGCAUCAUCAGACUUCAUUUAAGGCAGCCAGUAAUUCCACUGAGGAAUCAGUAGUUCACCCCCUCCCAACUCUGUUCCGGUUGCUAGGGUUGGUCCCCUUUAAGAAGGCAGAAUUCACUCCUGGUGAUUUUUAUAUAAGGAAGCGACCUUUAAGUUCAAAGGACAGUACUAGCAUUCCUGCUUCAUUGUUACAUGUCAACAGAACUAAGAAUCCACAUGCAAAGGGAGAUAAGGUUGAAAACGAGGAAUCCAUUACUGACACUGACCUUGAAAAUAUUGUUGGUGUUGGAGACAGCUCUGAGUUACAGGAGAUGGACCCCCCCACUAGCCUUCAGUGUCAACUUCGCAAAUACCAAAAGCAGGCUCUUUUUUGGAUGUCUCAGUUAGAGAGGGGACUGUGCCUGGAUGAGGCUGCAACUACUCUCCAUCCAUGCUGGGAUGCAUAUAACCUUGCAGACACGAGGAAUCUAGUUGUCUAUUUGAAUGCAUUUUCAGGCGAUGCUACAACAGAAUUCCCAAGCACUCUUGAAAUGGCCAGAGGAGGAAUUCUGGCAGAUGCUAUGGGGCUUGGAAAGACCAUUAUGACAAUAGCUCUCCUCCUUGCUCAUUCAGAAAAAGGUGGAUCAUCUGGCAGUCAACUCAUUACUCAGUCCUCUACUGAAAACAGUGAACUUUCUGGUUUUGAUAAGUUGAUCAAACAGAAGAAAUCACUUGCUAGCGGAGGCAAUCUGAUUAUUUGCCCUAUGACACUUCUAAGCCAGUGGAAGGCAGAGAUAGAAACUCAUGUGCAACCUGGGUCUCUGUCUCUUUACGUUCAUUAUGGACAAAGUAGACCAAAGGAUUCCAAGAUUCUAGCUCAGAAUGAUGUUGUCAUCACUACAUAUGGAGUGUUAGCCUCGGAAUUUUCAGCAGAGAAUGCUGAUGAUAACGGGGGACUUUACUCGGUUCGAUGGUUUAGAGUGGUGCUUGAUGAAGCACACACGAUAAAAUCCUCUAAGAGCCAGGUUUCUAUGGCUGCAGCUGCUCUAACUGCUGAUUGCCGAUGGUGUCUUACUGGUACCCCCAUUCAGAACAAUUUGGAGGACAUUUACAGUCUUCUUCGGUUUUUGAGAGUGGAACCUUGGGGAAAUUGGGCAUGGUGGAAUAAAUUAAUCCAAAAGCCAUUUGAGGAGGGUGAUGAGAGAGGAUUAAAGUUAGUCCAAUCCAUUUUAAAGCCAAUUAUGUUAAGAAGAACAAAAUCCAGCACAGACCGUGAGGGCAGGCCAAUUCUAGUGCUUCCUCCAGCGGACGUCAAGGUAGUUUAUUGUGAACAGACAGAAGCUGAAAAAGAUUUCUACGAGGCUUUGUUUAAAAAAUCCAAGGUGAAGUUUGAUAAAUUUGUUGAGCAAGGACGGGUUCUUCAUAAUUAUGCUUCUAUUUUGGAGUUACUUUUACGCCUUCGCCAAUGUUGUGAUCAUCCAUUUCUCGUGAUGAGUCGGGGUGAUACACAAGAAUUCUCUGAUCUGAAUAAACUAGCUAAACGUUUCCUCAAAGGCAGCAGCCAGGAUGCUAUAGAAUGGGAAGCCAAAGACGUACCUUCGCGAGCCUAUAUCCAAGAGGUCGUAGAAGAGCUGCGUAAGGGUGAUCAGGGAGAGUGUCCAAUAUGUCUUGAAGCUUUUGAAGAUGCAGUUUUGACACCUUGUGCUCACCGACUAUGCCGAGAGUGUCUGUUGGCUAGUUGGCGAAAUUCAAUGUCUGGUUUUUGCCCUGUUUGUAGGAAAACUAUCAGUAAGCAGGAACUUAUAACGGCCCCAACUGACAGUCGAUUCCGGAUUGAUAUUGAGAAAAAUUGGGUGGAAUCCUCCAAAGUCGCUGUCCUUUUGUCUGAACUUGAAAAUCUUCGCUCAUCGGGCUCAAAAAGCAUUGUGUUCAGCCAGUGGACUGCAUUUCUGGACCUUCUGCAGAUUCCUUUUUCUCGGAAUAACAUUCCAUUUGUUCGCUUAGAUGGGACCCUGAAUCAGCAGCAACGAGAAAAUGUAAUAAAGCUGUUUUCAGAAGAAAGCAAUAUCAUGGUGUUGCUCAUGUCACUGAAGGCUGGAGGAGUUGGAAUAAACUUAACAGCAGCAUCCAAUGCCUUUGUCUUGGACCCAUGGUGGAACCCAGCUGUUGAGGAACAAGCUGUCAUGCGCAUUCAUCGCAUUGGACAAACUAAAAGAGUAAUGAUUAAACGGUUCAUUGUGAAGGGAACGGUUGAGGAAAGAAUGGAGGCAGUGCAAGCCCGUAAACAGCGGAUGAUCUCUGGUGCCUUAACUGAUCAAGAAGUCCGAAGUGCACGCAUUGAGGAAUUGAAGAUGCUUUUCACGUAAACUUGUAUCCUCGACUUGGGAGAGUUUCAGCUUUUUUCUUUUAGAGCCAAGGUGAUGGGAAUCCUCUACAAACUGAGAUGCUUGUCAUGUGACACUGGGCUUUGAAGCAAGUGCUCUUGAGGUUAUCCCUCAUGAUGACAGCUUUUAAGCUGUGUUUGGGAGCUCCAAAUUUGGGUCUUGAAUUUGGAUUUGUAUGAUAAACUUGAUUCUACCACUGUUCAAAUCCAAGGUUCAAACUUGCACCUCCAAAAUACCAGGUUACCUCUGAAAAGGCAGUUGGAGAUUGAGGCUAUGCUCAUGAUACGAAACAGGGAAAAUUGUGGCGUGGACCUGACGUUGGUAAUUUUAUGCAUGCCAUUGUCAGGUGGAGGAAUUUUUGUUUGUUUGGUUCCCAAUUUUAAGGCAGGUUUAUUCACCUGAUAGACCCGUAAUGUUUAUAGUGCAGAUGAUUUUUAAUUUAUUUUUGGGGAGCAGAGAAUUACAUUAGAUAACAAUGUAAUGUCAACUCAGAAUUAUUGUACUGAAACUGUGAUAGUUGGAGAUGGUAUGGUGAAUAGGAUGGAUGGCAGAGAUGUGUUGUGGAUU